GAAACAGAAAGCAGUGGGUCAGCGUGUCAUGUGCCACGAGCCGAUACAGGAAGUCUCUGGCUGUUGCUGAUUGAAGCUGAACAAAAGCGAUGAAGACACGGGUAACUUAGCGAGUGAAUAGCGUCUCCGUGCCAUAUAGAAGUUAAUUAAUGUUGAUGCCACCAAACUCUGUAAAGAAACGAAUGUUACCAAAAUGGAAAGAGCUGUCAGAAUCAUCAUUUUCUCGGUCAUUUUCUUGGCAUCGCAGAUAAACUGCCAGGAGGCAAUCUUGCACAUUUCAAAUGGAAUUAUAGACAGGGAGUACUGCAUUGUCCACAAUCACUCUUGGACCCCUCUGUCACAAACUCUUGAUGCUGCUUUGCAGUAUCCACUGGUGAAUAUGACCUCCACUGUGCUGUGUAACAGCUCAGGAGUCAGUUCAGAUGUGAUAAAGGGCAAAGCGUUGGUGGUGAUGAAUGGAGACUGUAAUGUCAGCCAGAAGGCUCUGGUUGCACAAGGCCUUGGUGCUACAACUUUACUCAUUGCCAGCAGCAAAAUAUUGAUCACUCCAUCAGCUAAUGACUCAGAGUAUGCAAAGAUCCACAUUCCUCUGGCUCUCAUGAGGUACAGGGACUUCCUGGAUGCACAGGAGGUGUUGGGUGAUAAUUUGCUGGUGAAGCUUUAUGCACCACCUUACUCAAAAAUUGAUCCAAGCAUUGCAGUCAUGCUGCUGAUUGCCAUUGUCACGGUCUCCUUGGGUGGCUACUGGAGCGGAGCGUGUGAGAGGGACCGGUUGAAUAGUGCUGUGGAGAGAGGAGGAGGUGGUGGAGGAGGAGGAGAGAGCAAAGCAGAUAGUGGAGAGCUGUUCCUCUACUCCCCUCUCAAAGUGGUUUUCUUUGUCGCCCUCAUGUGUGGGAUGCUAGUUCUCAUGUACUUUUUCUACAACAUCCUUGUUUACAUCAUUAUUGCAAUAUUCUGCAUGGCAUCUGCCUCUGCACUGUUCAGCUGUCUAGAUGCAGUGAUGGAAAAAAUUGGUUGUGGCACUUUGAGGUUCUCUAUCAGAAAUUGGAACUUCUCAGUGAGGUCUCUUGUACUGGCUGCUUUUUGUAUUACCAUUGCUGUGAUCUGGGGAGUCUACAGAAAUGAAGACAGGUGGAUCUGGAUUUUGCAGGACCUCCUUGGCAUUGCUUUCUGCCUUAACUUUAUGAAGACCAUCUCACUGUCCAACUUCAAGAUCUGUGUGAUACUGCUGAGCCUCCUGCUUCUGUAUGAUGUCUUCUUCGUUUUCAUCACUCCUUUCUUCACCAAGAAUGGGGUUAGCAUUAUGGUGCAGGUUGCCCUGGGCCCAGAUGCAUCUGGAGAGAGGACGCAAGGUAACAUGGUGGAAGUCCCUGCCGAACCCCAGACUCCCUCUGAGAAACUGCCAGUGGUCAUGCGUGUCCCACGGUUCUCAGCUUGGGCUCAGAACCUGUGCGGGAUGCAGUUCUCCAUUCUGGGUUAUGGUGACAUCAUUGUACCAGGACUACUGGUGGCCUAUUGCAGCAGGUUCGAUGUUUGGAUCAACAGCAGCAAGAAGAUCUACUUUGUCAGUUGCUGCAUAGCCUAUCUGCUGGGCAUGAUAGUGACGUUUGCUGUGAUGCUGCUGUCAGGAAUGGGCCAGCCUGCCCUGCUCUACCUGGUGCCCUUCACCCUGAUCACUUCUGCUGUGGUGGCUGGGUGCAGGAGGGAAAUGAGGCAGUUCUGGGCAGGAACCACCUAUGAGGUCUUGGACUCAUCCAGGGAACCUUUACUGCCAGAGGGAAGAACUGACUGCUCCGUAGAAGGAGAAAAAUGCUGACUUGCAGUGUUGAUAACGGACUCAUCUGCAGGAUUUUUUUUUCUGUAACAUUUUAAUAUUUGCAAAGCAAGGGAAAAACAGGUUAUUGAUCAACAGAUUCUUGAAACAGUAUGGGUUCAUUUGACUGCUGUGAAUGGUGGUUACUUGAUGGUUAGAAGGCUGAUUGUGUAGGUGGAACAGAGAUGGUAGGUGGAACAGAGAUGUUUUAAGCGAUUGAAGGACUUUUUAGUGCCUAAAAUGGUCUGUUAUGCUUAUGUUCAGAAAACUGUAAUGACUUCGCCUUGUCGAUAAUUGCGUACAACAGAAUGAGAAAGCACUUUAUAAUAUUUAGCUUGGCGUUUGUUUCAUCAGGGGUGACGUGGGAGUUGGGAUUUUAAUUACUUGUAGCCACAAUAUUGAUACAUUUUUGAUAACUGUUUUGGGUUUUCUGUGUAACCUGUUUGUAUGAUGUGAUUUCUUUCAUUGCCUUAUAUUAAAAUGAAGAACUUCUA